GCCUAACAGCAUGUUCUACUCACUUUUUCAUUUUAAUCAGACCAGAUACAUACAGCUCCAUUGUUAUUAGCUACCAAUUUCCUUACAUUAUUAUUAUUUUUUAUCAAUACACCUUAUCUUUAAACUAUCACUUUUAUAAAAUUUAAAAUAAAAAUUGUUUAUCUAUCUAUUGAUUUUUAUUCUGUUUAUAUCUAAAUAAUAUGUAUUUAAAUUUUUAGCAUAAGUUUUAUAAUUAAUAUCAAUGUUUUAUGUUAUGUGGGUUAAUUCUAAUAUUUUUCUGUUUUUUGUUAUUACAUCGCUUUCUUAUAUUUUUGGUUCAUCAAAAUCAAAUUUGUGAUGGAAUUUUAUUGAGUGAUGUCAAUGGGUGUUUGUCACAUUUUAUGUCCUUUUCUACUAAAAUGUUCAUUGGAAUAAUUAAUGGUAAUGAGAUAUUAUUAAUUAAUAACAAUUGAAAAUUUCAUCAAGAAAAAAAAAAAUGACAUGAAAAUAAUAAAUUAUUAGUUCUGAAAGUAAUGUAUAGUUUCUUUUUUAUUUCAGAAGUAGUAGUGGUCAACAGAAGGGGAUUUAGGGCACCAAGAUGAGUAUUACGGCAAACCACAUAUUACGAAAGUCUAGCAGCAGCUUACAGCUAGUAGCAAUGCAAGGACUGGCAGCAUUUCGAGGUUUCCAUGCGGAGGUAUGUCCUCCUGAAGUGUGCCCUGGGGAUGUGCCGGGAAGAUCUAAGUGUUGUCGUCUCAAGAGAUCUCCGCCACGACCUUGCCUGAUGCCAUUACCUAGCUGCUGUUCGGUACCACUAUCCCUUUGCCCACGGCCACAGAGGCCUCCUCAACCAGACUGUUGCCCCAUCAUCAUACCAACUGCUAGUUGUGGAUACUGUCCAGGACCCUGCCCCAGGUGUAGAGAUAUCCCCUGCUGAUAGAAGCUAUGUUCAACCACAAAUAUACAACUUUCUUA